AUGGGGCAGUCUAAUGCUUUUAUUUUUGGGUCUUCUGAGGCCCAGUCUGCUAAUAGAAGCAAGGGAGCUAGGAAGUGGAAAAAAACAGCGCGAAGUACUCCAAGACGUCAGAAUGGUGCUUCGGUUAGUGGGUUUGGGAAUCGGGUGGGUGUGAAGAGAGGGUCUUUGAUCAAUGCAGAGAGUGAGAUUGUGGAAGAUGCUAUGGUGAAACGUACUAGGGAGAACUGCUUGCAUGCUAUUGCAAAGAAGAAGAAAGAGUUUGAUAGAGCUUAUUUUGAUGCACAGUUGGGAGGAAACUCACAUGAUCUACAGCAAUGCCAAGAUGAUUUAGAUUGUUUGUAUAAAAGGGAAGAAGUCAUGUGGAAGCAGCGAUCCAAAGCCUUUUGGUUAAAGGAAGGUGACCGCAACACGGGUUACUUUCAUUCAAUGGCUUCUACUAGGCAGCAUAGGAACUUGAUUUCGGGUCCUGAUAUCACUCACAUGGCGUUAUCCUUUCUAAAUCAGGGAGGGUCUUUGCCAAAUAUUAACAGUUUUCGCAUAGUUCUUAUCCUGAAGAUAGAUUCGCCAGUUUCUGUGAAAGACUAUUGGUCUAUAAGCUUAUGCAAUGUUGUAUUCAAAAUUAUUUCAAAAGCUUUGGUCAAUAGAUUGAAGGUAAUUCUUCCUGAGCUUAUUGGUGAAAACCAGAGCGCGUUUGUGCCAGAUCGAAUGAUUUUUGACAGUGAUAUGAUUGCUUUUGAGACUGUGCAUUUUAUGAAGAAAAAACUGACAAAGAGGCAGAAAUACAUGGCUUUGAAGCUUGACUUAAGCAAAGCCUAUGACAGGGUUAAGUGGGUUUUCUUGGAGAACAUUAUGUGGAGUAUGGGUUUUCCAAACCGUUGGGGAGUUGCAGUGAAUCGACAUGCUCCUCAGGGCGUGAUGUUCUUUUGGAGGGUUGUCGUUGGAGGGUUGGUAAUGGAAUGUAUAUCAUGGCUUUUCAUGAUAAAUGGAUUAAAAAACCCCCGCACUUUUACCCCGAGACCAAGGACUUUAGAUUUUCAACCUAAUGAUAUGAGGGUUAGUGAGCUCAUAGAUUUGGAGUCGAAAACCUGGAUAAAUGAGGUUUUGGAAGACUUAUUUUUGGAGGAAGAUUGUCUUACAAUACGAUGUAUACCUCUUUCUCUUCAUACGGUGAGAGUUACUUUAAUUUGGAAUUUCGAUUCUCUUGGAAGAUACAGUGUUAGAUCGGGUUACGUUGUGCCUCGAAAAUUGUUGGGGAGGGAGGAUUUUCCUUUGGAGCUUCGAUCAUCGGUAUGGAAAUUGGUCUGGAGUGCCAACAUUUACCCAAAAGUCAAAUAUUUCAUAUGGCGAUUGAUUUGGGCUAUUCUUCCAGCUAAAACUAUUUUGCAGCAACGUGGGAUAAAUAUUGAGGUUGCUUGUGAGGUUCUUUGGCGAUACCAUAAUCGGUGCUUACAUGAUCAUAUUUAUGGAACAUCGGUUGCCUUAGUUUCUAGUGUUACUCAUCACAUGCAGCAGAUGAUGGAAGGAGCUACUGAAGCCAGCACUAAUUGUCCCCGCUCGUCUCGGAUAAAUUGGAGCCCCCCGCCACCUGGAACCUUGAAGGUUAAUACCGAUGCAGCCUUUGAUAUUUCAGGUGGCAAAGCGGGCUUAGGAGCUGUUAUUCGAGACCACCAUAGAGCAGUGCUGUGUUGUGCAACUAAACGGAUGCAAUUUGUGGCGGAUUCCCUACAUGCCGAGAUCAACAAAAAGGAGCCUAUGGUAUGGGAAGGAGCAUGCUUAAUUUUGGAGAUCCGGGAAUUAGCCAAGAACUUUGAAGGUGUUCGUUUUGUUCACACGAGAAGGGAUGCUAAUAUGUGUGCUCACAGCUUAGCCAAAUUUGAUUGUCAUAUGUUUGCUAGCUAUGUGCGGUAUGGGGUUUUAUCCCCCGGUGUUUGUAAUUCGGAUUCUUUGAUUGAAUAA